UUUUGACAAUUACGACCCUCCACCAGGCAGCUGUAUGCCUUGUCGAUUUGCUUAUAUAUUUUUUCAAAAUUAUUGUUGAUCUCGGCGAAAAAUGCUGGAAUUUGUGGAAAUUAAUUGCGAUUUUGCAUUUAGUCAUAGAAAUGUUGAACGCGUAGGCUUAGCAUUUCUCAAUUUAAAUAGAUACAACGCUAUCACUGAAGAGGCGGCAGAGAGAAAUGACGAUGCGGUGGAUAAGUUACCUGAAGAAUUCGCGGUCGAUGUGGACUACCUGAAAUCACUAGAUCCCAAAGAAUGGAAAGAUCAUGAUCACUAUGCAAUACUUGGAUUAGGUAAAUUAAGAUUUAAUGCUACAGACGACGAUAUACGGCGUGCUUACAGACGUAUGGUGCUAAUGCAUCACCCAGACAAACGGAAAGCAAAAGGCGAAGAAGUAAACACUGAUGAAGAUUAUUUUACUUGUAUUACUAAAGCUUAUGAAAUACUUGGCACGUCGAAGACAAGACGCGCUUACGACUCUGUUGAUCCCGAGUUUGAUGACUCAUUUCCGACUCAAGCAGAGAUUGAUAAAAACAUUUAUGAAUGUUUUAAUAAAUGUUUUGACUUAAAUGCGCGUUGGAGUGAAAAGAAAAGUGUGCCAAAAUUCGGCGAUGAAAAUUCGAAACGUGAACACGUGGAAGAGUUCUAUAGCUUUUGGUACGACUUUAAGUCUUGGCGGGAAUUCAGUUAUCUGGAUGAAGAAGAUAAAGAAAAAGGUCAAGAUCGAGAUGAAAGACGUUGGAUUGAAAAGGAAAAUAAAGCGCUACGUAUAAAAAGAAAAAAGGAAGAAAUGAUGCGUAUACGAGCGUUAGUCGAUUUAGCUUACAAUAAUGAUAAACGUAUACAAAAGUUUAAAAAUGAGGAAAAAGAAAAAAAAUUGGCCGCUAAACGAGCCAAAAUGGACGCUGCACAGGCACAAAAGGCCGAACAAGAGCGUGCGCUACGGGAAGCACAGUUGGCGAAGGAGCGUGCUGAAAAAGCUGAACAAAAACGAAUCGAGCAAAUACGCAUCGAGAAGGAACAAAUGAAGAAGGUUCUGAAAAAGGAACGAAAGACAUUGCGCGACAAAUUAAAAGAAGCCAAAUACUAUGGAAACAAUGAUAAAGAGACACUUAAAAACAUGGAAGGUGUGGAAAAGAUUUGUGAGAUGUUCAAUUUAACUGAAUUGCAGGAACUUAACAAAGAUAUUGAAAAGAAGGGGCAAAAUGCUUUUUUUGUUGCAUUGAAAACGGUUGAAAAGAAAAUAGCCGCCGAACUGGAAGAGCUCAAUCAAACACAGCAAAAGAAAGUGACUAAGAAUGAGAAAGAAGUGAAGAAGAAUGAUGUUUGGAACAAUGAAAAUAUGCAACUACUGAUAAAAUCUGUCAAUUUGUUUCCAGCUGGCACAUCACAGCGUUGGGAUGUGAUCGCUGCUUUUAUAAACCAACACUCCACCGCUGGUGUGACAGUGACCGCGCGUGAUGUUCUCAAUAAAGCAAAAGCUAUGCAAAAUAGUGACUUCUCAAAAAGUUCUCUUAAAACACAAGCAAAUGAUACUGCAUUCGAAAAUUUCAAUAAAUCCAAAAAGGAUGUACAGACUUGCAAUGAUAUCACAGUCAAUCAACCAGUUGUGAAUAAUGUUAAUGUAGAGGCCAAUGUAAGUACAAAUGGUAAUAAAGAGCCGAGUGAUAAUGAUAAAACUGCUAACAAGGUAUCGAACAAGUCAACAGCCGCACCAAAAACGUGGACAAAAGAGGAGCAGGCGCUGCUAGAACAAGCCAUUAAAACUUAUCCAAUCUCAACACCUGAUCGCUGGGAGAGAAUAGCUGAAUGCAUACCGAAUAGAACCAAGAAAGAUUGUUUACGUCGUGUCAAAGAACUAGUGGAGCUGGUGAAUUCAAAGAAAGAGGCACAACAAUCGGUCAAAUGAUUAAAUCAUAUACACAUAAUAAUGAUUAUUUAUUUGUCCCUUUAAUGGAUUUUAUGUAAUAUAAUUCAAAUAAAAACGUUAAAUCAUAUAUAGAGAAAUAGUUAUAUGAUUAAUGCGCAUUAUACUUGUACUUUAAAUAGCGACAAUAUAAUACUAGUAAAAUAUGAAGUGUUAAUGUCGCUUACAAUAAAAGAUAACUGCUUACUGACAGCCAAUACAA